UGCCCAAUGGAGAGUUCAAGCAGGGCCCAAAGCCAACACAGCUAAAAGGCACAGUAGUGACCAGCCCCAAUGCCAUUCCCUUUUGGGAAAUUUCAGGGUAUGUGGAGUACAUAAAACCAGGUCAAAAACAAGGCGACAUGUUGCUAAUAGUGCCUGAGGGUGCCUGUGCUGUAAGGCUUGGCAAUGAGGCUGCAGUCAAGCAAAAAGUGAAUGUCACAAAGGGCUUGUUUUACUCAGUAACAUUCACUGCAGCUCGAACCUGCGCACAAGAGGAGCAAUUGAACGUGUCAGUGACUCCUAAUUCGGAGAAAAAUGAUUGGGGUAUUUUGCCAAUGCAGACUAUAUAUAGUAGCAAUGGCUGGGAUUCAUAUGCAUGGGGUUUCCAAGCUGACUCUUCGGAAAUUGAAAUUUCGAUCCAUAACCCUGGUGUGGCUGAUGAUCCAGCUUGUGGCCCACUUAUUUAUGCUGUUGCUUUGAAGGUUUUGGAACUUCCCAAACGCACUAGAGUCAACCUUUUGAAAAAUGGAAAUGUUGAAGAAGGUCCAUAUCUAUCCUUCAAUACAUCAUGGGGUGUCCUAAUUCCACCACACAUUGAAGACGAUCACAGUCCUUUACCUGGCUGGAUUAUUGAGUCCCUUAAGGCUGUGAAAUACAUUGAUUCCGAUCACUUCUUUGUCCCGGAAGGCAAACGAGCAGUUGAACUCAUGGCCGGAAAAGAAAGCGCCCUUGCACAAGUUGUGUAUACAAUGCCCGGAAGGACUUAUGCCCUCACAUUUGCUGUUGGUGACGCUAAAGAUUCAUGUGUAGGUUCCCUGGGUGUAGAGGCAUAUGCAGGCAAAGACAGUGUCAAGGUUUUAUAUGAGUCUAAGGGCAAUGGAGGGUUCAAGCGAGCUAGUCUUUUGUUCAAAGCAGUGUCACUACGCACACGAAUUAUGUUCCUAAGCACAUUUUACACCAUGACAAGUGACAAUUCAGGUUCUUUAUGUGGACCGGUAUUAGAUGAUGUGAAGUUGCUUAGUGUUCGUGUUCAUACACCACCACGACGUGCUUGAUCGCAUUGCUUUAUGCGAACCGCAUUGGUGCUUGAUAUCUGGUCCAUUUCAAUUAGCUUAAUAUAUACUACAGGUUACUUGUGAUAGGAGCAAGAGGGUUUAUUGUGGGUUUACAAUGUUCCAUUCAUGUAUCGUUUAAUAAUUCUCAGCAAGUAAAUUUACAUUCUUGGAUUAGCAGAAUUGGUUUUGGAAAGAUAGAUGUUGCUUACAAUUUUAUCUUCCUUU